CUUCCUUGUCUGGUAUCCAGACUACUGUCCUUGCGUGGUGCGCCUACUUCCCUCUGCUGUCAUGCUUUGUGUCACGGGCGCACGACUCAGCCACACUUUUUAUUCUAUAGUUGUUCUCUGUCAGUGUUUUGCAUGUUUGUUGCUCCGUCUGCUGGAUCAAACAAGGCUAGGUCCCUUUCUGCUACGUGUGUGGUGUACCUCCUGUGCCGUUGACGCCUCCCCUGCUCGGUUUCAUGUGUAUCGCCCUUUCAACGAUGACAUUCACCGUGACAAUACUUUCCCAUUCCAUACUGCUCGUUGUUCGUAUCCAUAUCGAAGUUGCAAUCAUUGUGGUCCCCCGCCUCUUCUUUCACCAUCCUAAUCCCACGUCAUUUCAUAAACAUUUACGAGCGCCCAAACACUUCCGGCCUUUGGGCAUGGUCCCUCCCAACAUGAACGGUCCAGACACAUUCUGCGCGCGAAGUUGCGCAGGUUGUACACAAAAGCCCGUGAUACCGGACCC